GAGCGGGAAACCCUUCCCCCCUGCACCUGACUCGUGGGUAUUUACGGGAGUUUUCAGGGCGGCUCAGGCACCGCCGCUCAGGGCGCGGGUGGAUGGACGGUGCGGGGCGGGCGGCGGGACAGGGACGGGGACAAGGACAGGGACAGGGACGGAUGCUCCGGCAGUGACCGUCUGCGUGUGGUGCCGCUCACACCCGCACACGCACACACACCCACACACACACACACGCACCCGCCCGGGGACCGCUACACCCACCCACCCACCCACCCGCGAAGAGGAGGGAGAAGCCUGGAAGAAGGAGAAAGAGCCCCCGCGUCCAAAAUGCCCCGCUCCUUCCUGGUCAAGAAACAUUUCAACUCGUCCAAGAAGCCGAAUUACAGCGAGCUGGACACUCACACAGUGAUUAUAUCCCCAUACCUGUAUGAAAGCUACCCAGUGCCUAUCAUACCCCAGCCAGAGAUCCUGAGCUCAGUAGCCUACAACCCCAUUACUGUGUGGACUACAACCGGGCUGCUACCGUCUCCGCUACCCAACGACCUCUCUCCGCUUUCCGGAUACCCCUCAUCUUUGGGAAGAGUCAGCCCACCUCCACCUUCUGACACCUCCUCCAAAGAUCACAGCGGCUCAGAAAGUCCCAUUAGCGAUGAAGAAGAGAGAAUCCAGUCCAAGCUUUCAGACCCCCACGCGAUCGAAGCCGAAAAGUUUCAGUGCGGUUUAUGCAACAAGACCUAUUCAACUUUCUCUGGGUUGGCCAAACAUAAGCAGCUGCACUGCGAUGCCCAGUCUAGGAAAUCGUUCAGCUGCAAGUACUGUGACAAGGAGUAUGUCAGCCUGGGAGCUCUUAAGAUGCACAUCAGGACCCACACACUACCUUGUGUCUGCAAGAUCUGCGGCAAGGCUUUCUCUAGACCCUGGCUACUCCAAGGACACAUCAGAACGCACACUGGAGAGAAGCCGUUUUCCUGUCCUCACUGCAACAGGGCUUUUGCAGACAGAUCCAAUCUGAGGGCUCAUCUGCAGACCCACUCGGAUGUGAAGAAAUACCAGUGCAAAAAUUGCUCCAAAACUUUCUCCAGAAUGUCUCUUCUGCACAAACAUGAGGAAUCUGGCUGCUGUGUAGCACACUGAGUCAUGCAGUCAAUGUUUACCUGGACUCGAUGCAUUUCUCCACUCCUGUUCCAAAUGAUAAGUGGAAAAUCCAAAGGCGUUUUCUCGUCUGCUUUUCAGCCAAAAAAAAAAAAAUAUCCAAAACACCACCAAACAAACAAAAUAGUGGAAGAACUUAGAAUGUCAGUAGAAAUGAGCUUUAAGUUGUUUCUGUUCAGUCACACAUUUGCAUUCUUAAGUGUGAAUUCUGAAAUAUGGGAAAGACACCAUGCAUGACAUUUCAAGUAGAUCUAAAGGAAGCAGCAUUAUCAGCUUUCUUUAUAGAUGAAGCCAAAUGUAUGUCGUCUUUUCUUGCUUAGAAAAGGCUGCAAAGUUAACAAUACAUUCCUGCCAAGCCAUUUCAACCAAAGAAACAGUAUUUUAAGUGGAACUUUUAAUAAGAAUACUACCCAAGUGAAUUUUGCUAGACACCAUUUAUCUCAGGUGCCUUAAAAAGUAUUCCAAGUUUACCUUAGUAAAUGUUUAAUAUUAUUCAUUGCUGUGUUCUUUAUUUUUUAUUUUAUUAGAAGCCAAGGCCUUCAUUAAUGAUCUGAAAUGCUUUAAAACUGCAUAAUUAAGAGAGGAAAAAAAACUUGUAAGAGAAUGUAUGGAAAAUUGAAAGCCACAAAUUAACCGCAUGUGCCUUUUAAAAAAAAAAAGUAAUGACUGUAGCUUCAAACAUUCCUGGUGCAUGCUUGACCAUCUUUUAAUAUGGAAUAGUUCCUCUAAACUUUAAUCUUUUUUAAAAAACGGGAAUAAGUGCAAGAGAGGGGGUUUAUGGGAUUUUGACGAUUAUUUUUUUUUUUUAAAUGCACAAAGGAAAUGCAAUAUUUUCAGCAUUACCCCUCCAAGUGCCUUUUUUAUUGAUGGUUUUGUAAAGUAUGUGGACAUAAUGUAAAUAUUUUUAUUUUUAUAUGAUUGAAUGUGUUAUGAAUGAAAGUGAAUUGUUGCCUAUAGCAGCAUCUAUAGAUAACUUGAAGAAAGUGUGAAGUGAAAUUUAUGUUGUUUUCUAGCCACUUUUUUACAAUAAACAUUUUUAAGUAAGA